GGGAAUUGUGAUAGAAAGAGCGAACGUCUCUAGAGUAGGAUAUUUAUUUCUGUUUAUUUUCUGUGUGAAGUUGUGUUUGGAGUUGAUAGAGGCUAAUAUUAAUGGUGUGUAUCUAAAAUAUAUCUAAAACAACAACAACACUGGCAUUGGUUGGACAAUUUACAAGAACCACAUCGACUGCUAGAGUCGCAAGAACAACUACAAGAAGAAGAAGAAGAAGAAUAAGGACAAUAGCAAUUGUAUUAACGACGAGGAUUUGAAAAGUUUGAAAAAGUUUUGAAAAGUUUUGAAAAGAAAAUUAAUGAACUUUGUAAAAAAAGAGUUGGACGGGGUUACACGACUCUAACAGCAACAACAACAACGAAAACAAUAUUAUAAGACCUUUGUCCUUUGUGGGUCAGAGUUCACUUGGAGUAGCAACAACAAUAGCAACAAUAAUAAAAGCUAUCGUCCACAAUAGCAACCGUUUAAGGAAGGGAUCCGCUGGUUCGAUUUUCACUCGGAAAGAGAAAUAAACAACGCGAAACAAAGAAUUAUAAAAGUAGCCAAUUUGUGGGUUCACUUGGAGCAGUAGCGAUAACAACAAUAAUAGCAACAAUAAUAAAAGCCAUCAUCCACAAUAGCAACGGUUUAAGGAAGGGAUCCGCUGGUUCGAGUUUCACUCGGAAAAGCGAAAUAAACAACGCGAAACAAAGAAUUACAAAAGUAGCCAAACUAUUUCUUUUUUUCUUCAAAGAGUCAUCUUCGUCUCUUAACAACAACAUCGUCAUCAACAAUGAGAUCAAGGAAAGCCGUUUUCUCACUGACUCUGCUCCAGCUGGUGGCUCUGGCCACCGUGGCCGGCACCUGGACGGCGGUCACUUCCAAGCCUUCCUAUGACUAUGCAUAUGUGACAUUCGAAGGCGGCGAUUACAAAACCCAUGAGGGGCAGCCCGGUUCUGGCGACAAAUGGGUUGCUAAGGGCCGGUUCAACAACAGAAUCAAUGAAACGGGGUGGUCCUACCUGUGGGUGGAAACCAAUCCUAAAGGAAACAACGACUCCAUGCAGGCCUUCGCUGCCGGCCUCGUCGAAGGUAACCUCACCGCUCCCCUGAUCCGAAUGAGCGGCAAGAACUCCUGGGAGGGACAAUGUCAGAACUUAUCCAGCACUUAUUGCGCCAAGAUGACGAAAUUCUUGAUCAUGAAUCUGAUUUGGAUGAAGGAGAUGAUCGCAGAGAAGGCCAAGACAAACCCAUUCUGGCACAUGAUCAACCUCUACAUUUGUCAACUGGAGGCCCUGCAAUCUGUAUAUUCCUCUGAAUAUGGAUGUGAAGGCUGUUUGCCGGAACUCUACUGGCUCCAGUUCUACAGCGAACUCGCCGACAUCAGCAAGGCGCUGAUGCUCCCGCCGGAAGUGUACUACAUGCGCAAAGGGUCGUGUUCGGCCAUGAUCAAAGUGCUUCCCGGCAACAAGGACCUCUACGUCGCCCACGACACCUGGAACACUUACAGCAGCAUGCUACGAGUACUCAAAAGCUACGAUUUUAGUUACCAUACCCUGCCAACCUCUCAGGUUAAGGUUCCCGGACGGAAGAUAACCUUCUCUUCAUACCCUGGACUUCUCUUGUCAAUGGACGACUACUACGUAAUUUCCUCAGGAAUGGUUGCCAUGGAAACUACCAUUGAAAACAACAACGUUGAAAUCGCCGCCAAGAACACCGUUCCCAGAGGGUGCGUACUGGAAGGUCUGCGUGUGAUGGCUGCGAACCGUCUCGCUGCCAACAUCCACCAAUGGGCCAACGAAUUCUCGUCAUACAACAGCGGAACCUACAACAACAUGUGGAUGGUCCUUGAUUACCACAAAUUUGAACCAAACAAGGAACUUCCAAACAGCGACCUGUUAUUAGUGCUGGAGCAAAUGCCGGGUUACAUCAUGUUCCAAGAUUUGACCAAGAAGUUGAAGAAUGACACCUACUGGGGAAGCUACAAUGUGCCCCACUGGGCUGUGGCCAAACUGGGGCAUUGUCUCUCGAAAGGGUUUUUAGUUGAAAAAUUUUUCUCCAAGAUUGUGAAAAUCAGCGGCCAGCAGGACCUCAUUAACAAAUACGGGGACAUCUACACCUACAACAACACCCCCAGGGCCAAGAUAAUGAGAAGGGACCAUGUCAAGGUGAAGGACAUGAAGACGAUGAUCAAAUUGAUGAGGUACAACAAUUACAAGAAGGACCCACUGUCCAGGUGUGAAUGUGACCCCGCUGAGAACGCCGCGCUCGCAAUCUCUGCCCGAUCUGAUUUGAACCCACGGAAUGGCACCUACCGUUUCAAGUUUCUAGGACACCGUGCUCACGGAGCUAUUGACAUGAAGCUGACCAAUUCCACUCUCAUCAAGGACCUCAGUUUCAUAGCCAUCGCGGGACCCACGUGCGACGAUGUCCCCAUCUUCCAGUGGAGCAAAGCAGGCUUCAACGACUCAGUACCUCAUUUCGGACACCCUGACAUCUUCAAAUUCCCACCCUACGUUUUCGGAGAUGAUGUCAAGCCAUUUUACCGAGACCAAUGAAGGGGUCUUUUGCAACAUCCCCCCCCACCCACAACAUCACACUCCAACACCACUCCACAACGCACUGCACACACAACACUCCAGCUGACACCGCACUUCCACAACACAGAAAAACAGUCCAACGCCACUCCGCAAGCAACCCCCCCCACCACCACACCCAAAAUGGAUGAUUUUUCGUGACAAAUAUGAAAUAUAAAAAUAAAUAUGCGACAAA